AUGACGACUUCUGGUCAAUUGGUUGCUGGCAUUGCCGUUGCGCUCUGCGGAGUCGCCAUCGUUCCAGGUACCUUUUGACAGCUUCAUCCGAUCUUCCAAUAUGACUUUCUUCAGCUCUUUUCGCUGCUCUCUUCGUUCUUCACGACAUUCACUCUUUCCAAUCGGAAGUCUACGAAGACCUCGCCGAGUUCAAGACGAUUGCCGAGGACGCGUGGACGACAAUGGUCCCUCGUGAAGACGCCGUUCAGCCAUUCGAGACGUUCCUCAGCAGAUUCAGAAGAGGAUACGGGGACGCGGCAGUCGCCGGAUCGGCCGGAAGCGAUGGAAAGUGCAACUGUGGCCCACAACCGACGGACUGCCCAGCCGGACCGCCAGGACCACCAGGAAACCCGGGAACUCCAGGAGAUGACGGACCGAUCGGAAGAGCCGGAAACCCAGGAAGAGACUCGACCGAGGGAGGCAGACUCGCCGACUUUGAGAAGAAUGUGAAGUGUCCAGCAGGACCACCAGGACCGCCGGGACCAGAUGGAGAGCCAGGACAUCCUGGACCAGACGGCGAGUACGGAGUUGACGGACAAAACGGGAAGGACGGAGAGCCGGGAGUCGAUGGACCAGCCGGAGACGAGGGAGCUCCAGGACUGCCAGGACCACCAGGACAGGACGGAACGAAGGGACAGAACGGAACACGCGGACAAGGAAAACCGGGAGAACAGGGCCCAGUCGGAGCACCAGGAGAGCCAGGAAAGGACGGAGAGCCAGGAGAGAACGGACAGGACGGACAGCAAGGACCAGAGGGACCAGCCGGUCCAGACGGGCAGCCAGGGCAUCCAGGACCAGAAGGACCUGUCGGAAACGUCGGAGAGGUCGGAGCUCCAGGAGCCGACGCCGCCUACUGCCCGUGCCCACCGAGAUCUGCCGAUUUGGCCGCCACUGGAGGAUCUGCCUCCGCUCCAACUGGAUACGAUGCUCCGGCUGCUCCAGUCGCUUCAACUACUGGAUACGAUGCUCCGGCUGCUCCAGUCGCUUCAACUACUGGAUACGAUACUCCGGCUGCUCCAGUCGCUCCUACUGUCACUUCUCCACCGGCUCCAGUCGCCCCUCCGAAGCUGCACGACUACGAGUCUCCGGCUCCUUCGGCCACUUCCGAUGCUGCUCCAGCUGCUCAGCCGUACAAGAAGAGAAAGGUGGCCAGAGCUCUCGUCGCCUAA